AUUUCACCGAUAAUUAGCGCUAAAUGUUUGCCCGCAUUGGCGGCCAAUGAUAGCGCUCGCGAACCGCCGGUUAGUGGCCGCCAAUGAGUGGCUACUCGGGCGGCACAGACGCCACUCGAUCGCCGUUUGCCGUCAAACGCACCGCAAGUCCUCCGCCGACGACUCGGAAACCCACGUGACGUUCAGCAAUGGCCGGACAAUGCGUAUAUCGACGGGUCGAUUGGCACGUAUGGCCGACGGGUCGGCAGUGGUGGGCGCGGGCGACACCUCCGUAAUGGUGACGGCCGUACACCGGCCCACCCCUAAGAGCGCCUACAGUUCGUUCGUACCGUUAACUGUGGACUACCGGCACAAGUACUCCGCGGCCGGUCGUAUACCCGUGAACCGCAUGCGCCGGGAGGUGGGGGCGCCCACUGAGCGCGAGAUUCUCACCGCCCGUAUCAUCGAUAGGUCGGUGCGACCGGUGUUCCCGAAGGGCUAUAACUUCGAGACACAACUGGUGUGUAAUCUACUGGCGGUCGAUGGGGUCAACGAUCCGGAUGUGUUGGCAGUGAACUCGGCGUCGGCGGCGCUCACCCUAUCGCCCAUACCCUGGGAGGGCCCGGUAGGCGCUGUUCGGGUGGCCCUCACACGUGAUAAUCACGUGAUUACGUGUCCGACGAGACGGGAGAUGUCGGAGGCGGCGCUCAAUUGUGUGGUCACGUGUACGGCCGGGGGACAGGUGCUGAUGUUGGAGGCCUUCGCCAAUGAGCCGGUGCUCGAGCCCGGGCUGCUUAAGACGAUUGGACGGGCGGUUAGGGAGUGCCGGGCGGUGACAGACGUGAUCGCGAGGUUACGAGAAACCGAUGGAAAGCCUAAGAGGGAUAUCACGGAUACCGUGAGUGCGGUGACGGAUGAGCACUUCCAGGCUGUCAAACAAUUAAUAUACCCGGGAAUCCGACACGUAUUCCAGGACUACAGUCACGACAAGUUCUCCAGGGAUGCCGCCAUACAAGCGGUCAUAGCCUCGGCCAUGGAUCAGCUCCGGGAGCAGUUCGGUGCCGACUGCGAACCCAUACUCUCGGACGCCAUUCACUCAUGCAUUAAACACGUAUACGCGGAACUGGUGGUCGACUCCUCCAUACCCACCAAACGGUGCGACGGGAGGCUCACCUCAGAGCUGCGACCCAUCACCUGUCAGACCGACCUAUUCAAGCCCCUACACGGCUCGGCCCUAUUCCAGAGGGGCCAGACGCAGGUGCUCUGCUCCCUGACCCUGGACUCGGCGGACAGCGCCUACCGUUCCGAUCCAUUCUCAGCGCUAACCGGUGGGCUCCUGGAGAAGAACUUUAUGCUACACUACGAGUUCCCGCAGUACGCCACGAACAGCACCGGGAGCUCGAGUGUGGGGCGCCGGGAG